CCCUUGUGUCGCCGUCUCGCGUCCCAGCUCUGUGGGGCGCGUGCGUCCAGGUCGUUCCUGUGUCGUGUUCGGGCUGCCGGCGGAGCCUGGUUACCCGGGCCCCGCCCUGAGGGUCACCGUUCCCUUCCGUGCGCUGGGCGCCCGACCUUACCGCGGCUCAGCCGGCCGUGCCCGAGCUGCCGGCCAGGGCCUUGUCGCAGCCUCCUACAGUAGGAGGCCGUUUUGUCCCGGUCAGGAUCGACGGCCCCUGAGGGCACCUGGAAUGGAUAAAAGUGGCAGUUUUUGUUACUUCCCAUGAGGUUGUGUAUCUGGAAUGAGAACCAUGAAAUUAAUCUAGAGUAGGACAUUUCUACAGACAUGGAAUGGCACUGGGUGGCACCAGGAGGACUUGAAAGGAAUAUUUGAGGGCAAAGAGCUAUAGAAGAGUUUGCCAACAGAAGGACUUAUGGGAAACAAGUGAUCAGAAUCCCCAAUAGAGAAACCUUCAAAAUUUCUUCAAGCAAUGGAAAAAUUGAGUCUUAGGUCAAAUUAAGUAAAAUCUAUAAUGAAGAGAAAUCAGAUAAAGUCUCAAAUAUAAAAAGUAUGUUACUUAACACUAAGUGUAAAUUUAGGAAAACAAUCACAAGGACAGAUCUUUUUAAUACUUUUUUAACUACUGUAAAAUUUUUAUAAAACUUGGACUCAUCUCUAAGAAUUGCCAUGAUUCUGAAACUUGAUAAUAUCCCAAAUAUGGAACAGUUCAGUGGAAAAUAACACUUGAGAAUACACCAGAUUUACACAAGGAAGAAGAUCUGAGAGUGGAAAAGUGCCAGUAACAAAUACAUUAUUUAUAUACUUACAGAUUACCUUGGUAAACAUAAGAAACACUCAAGUUAAAGCUUAGUCUUUGAGAAUGCUGUAUUGAAUGCAGUAAAAGUUGAAUUUCAUUCAUAUGGACAACAGAACCUACUAACUUUCUUCUUCACCGAAAGAUACAACUGUUCCCGAAUUCCAACUCUCUAGACAUCCCACUGUCAGGGUAGCUUGGAGUAUUUAUCCAGGUGGAUGGACUGCUGCCCAGUGAACACCAGAUGCAGAGCAAUAUGAGCACCGUUUUCCUUUCUGGCAGUGAGGUAAAAUCAGCUUGUUUUGGAAGAGGAGAAGCCACACUGCAUCUCUGUUACACAAUAUUAUUCUGUCCUUGCCUUUAAGGCUUUCACACUCCCUUGUGAAGCACCACUUUUUAUUGAGAUUUAUCUUACCUGAGUCUGUCCCUCUUGUGAGCACGUCUCACCUCCUCUCUUCCUUUUGUGUCUUUUCCUGUAUUCAGUUAGGGAGAAUAUGCAGGUAUUCCUGUUAUUCCUGACUGGUGCUGCUGCAUCUGUCAAGGGAGAGAAGAAAAAGCGUUCAGAAGGGGGGUUCUGAAGACUGACCAUCCAUGUCUUGCAGGAGCAACAACUAGACUGGACCUUGCAGUGGCAACUUUCCGAGUUCAGACCUUUAUUGCUAGACUAGCACUUCAAUCAUGAGCCCUUAUCCUUUUUAGCCCAUUACCCUUCAGUAUAAAUUCCUAUGCCUUCUGGGGGGCGUUGUGUUAGUUGGGGGGAUGGGGAGUUGUUUCAUUUUUAAUUUUUUUUUUCCAAUUCAGUAAUGCUUUUUCCUUUUUACCCCUGUUGAUUGCCUGAAACCAAAUUCAGUAUGAAUAAGAGAGGGAAAUAUACAACACUGAAUUUGGAGGAGAAAAUGAAGGUUCUAAGUAGGAUUGAAGCGGGACGAUCUCUUAAAAGUGUAAUGGAUGAAUUUGGAAUCAGCAAAUCAACAUUUUAUGACAUUAAAAAGAACAAGAAAUUGAUUUUGGAUUUUGUACUGAAGCAGGACAUGCCAUUAGUAGGGGCUGAGAAGAGAAAGAGAACAACAGGAGCCAAAUAUGGUGACGUGGAUGACGCAGUCUACAUGUGGUACCAACAGAAACGCUCAGCUGGUGUCCCUGUGAGAGGCGUGGAGCUUCAGGCUGCUGCCGAGAGAUUUGCACAGUGUUUUGGGCGAACAGACUUCAAAGCUAGCACUGGUUGGCUUUUUAGAUUUCGAAAUAGGCAUGCAAUUGGGAACCGAAAAGCAUGUGGGGAACAAGUCCUACGUUCAGCUUCAGAAAAUGUUGAGCCGUUUCGACAAAAACUGUCCAUGCUUAUCAAAGAGGAGAAACUGUGUCUUGCUCAGCUGUACAGUGGGGAUGAGACUGACCUCUUUUGGAAGUCAAUGCCAGAAAAUACUCAGGCAAGCAGAAAAGAUAUCUGCCUGCCAGGGAGGAAAAUAAACAAAGAACAAUUGUCUGCUCUUUUAUGUGCAAAUGCAGAUGGUACUCAUAAGUUAAAGUCAAUCAUUAUUGGAAAAUCAAAGCUGCCCAGAAGUGUAAAAGAGGACACAUGUACAUUACCUGUGAUAUACAAACCUAGUAAAGAUGUUUGGUUCACCAGAGAAUCGUUUUCAGAAUGGUUUUUUCAAAACUUUGUUCCUGAGGUCAAGCACUUUCAAGUUAAUGUUCUAAGAUUCCAUGAGGAGGAUGUCAGGGCCUUGUUACUUCUGGACAAUUCUCCAGUUCACCCUUCCACUGAAUCACUAACCAGUGAGGAUGGUCGAAUAAAAUGCAUGUUCUUUCCCCAUGACACUUCAACCUUGAUUCAACCAAUGAAUCAGGGUGUUAUCUUGAGCUGCAAACGACUUUAUAGGUGGAAGCAACUUGAGGAGAGUCUUGUAAUUUUUGAAGAAAGUGAUGAUGAGCAAGAUAAAGGAGAAAAAGGAGUUUCCAAGAUUAAAAUCUACAACAUAAAAAGUGCAAUUUUUAACUGGGCAAAGAGUUGGGAUGAAGUAAAACAAAUAACCAUAGCAAAUGCAUGGGAAAAUCUUCUUUACAAAAAGGAACCUGAAUAUGAUCUUCAAGGCUUAGAAGAUGGGGAUUAUAGAGAAAUUCUUGAGAAAUGUGGGGAGUUGGAAACCAAGCUGGAUGACGAUAGGGUGUGGUUAAAUGGGGAUGAAGAAGAAAAGGGCAGCCCCCCGAAAACAAAAGGUGGAAUUACAAAGGAAGUUGUUCAAAAAGUGGGAGCUGAGGAGCAGACUGCUGAAUUUAAGUUAUCUGAUGUAAGAAAGAGUUUGGACUACCUUCUUGACUUUGUUGAUGCGACACCUGAGUUUCAAAGGUUCCAUUUUACACUGAAAGAGAUGCAACAAGAAAUAAUCAAGAAGCAGUUCCAGAGUAGAAUCCAUUCUAGAAUUGGUAGCUUUUUGAAACGUAGGCCUCAUAAUAUUAAGGAUUCCUUCAAUAUGCCUUCAACUUCUGGUUGUAGUAAUUAGAUAUUGUGUUUAAAGAUUUCUGCAGUUAUGUAAUGAUACAUGAACUAGACUUGUUGUGAACUGUCAUUGUUUUUAUCAACUGACCUCACUUUGCACAGCAAUGCCGAUUUAUAUUGUUUAUAAAAUACACGAUUUGAAAGUAAUAAAUUUGGGGCUUUUUGAUGUAUAAAUAUGUUCAUUAAUCUAUAUUUUUUUCUAUUUUAGACAAGGACUUGAAUAAUGAGGAACUAUUGUCCCAGAUUAUCUAAGGUGGAAUGGAUGUGGGGAAAGCAUUAAAGUCUAAAUGUAUUCGCAGCAUAUAACAAAGAAGCUAUAUAUAUGCUGACUAGUU